CUACUUUCCCAAAAUCCUUCGGCCCAACGAAAGCAGGAAAUUCAUCCUCCUGGGAACGUGUGCACCGGGCCUUGAAGGAAGCUGUUCUCCACCUCGGGUUCGGCAGUAUUCUAAGUCACCUUUUCUGUGGUGUAGCCAAUGAAUUGCUCUCUCCUUUCCUCUUCUUCUGCAGCCCCACCCACUACCACCAGUACGGCGCCAACACCAUCAUCUCCAGUCACAACCGUCCCCAGCAGCACACCGAGAACUUCGUCCACCACUUCGCUGACCACCACCUCAAGCACCACUGUCUCCACAGUGCCAUCCACCAUUAGCACGCCCAGGACGACCCCCACCACUAAGCACCGCAUCCCUGCCACUACCACCUCUCCAACAUCCAGCCCCACGCCACUGCCCCCAACCACAACGACAAGCGUCCCCACCACCUUAUCCACCAUGACUACUACACCCAGCACACCCACACCAAUCACAACCAUUAGUGUCCCCACAUCUUCCCACACCCCUCCUACUUCCACCCCUUUGACUACAACGAAACUUGUCUCCACCUCCGUGCCCACCUUCACCACGCCUACCACCACCACCCAUGUGAGCGCCAUCACUCUAACCACUACCAUUCCCACACCCACCUCUACAGAAACUACAACAACCACAACCUCUACCACACCUGCUCUCACUUCUGUCAUAAGUACUAGAGUUCCUACUCCAUUCCACAAUACUACCAUCAUAACCGCUACUCCACCACCUAUCACUAGAGUCCCUCAACCUCAAACAGGUAAAUGUGAACCUAUUAAAUACGAGGAGCGAGUGAGUUACAAGAAUUGCUCUAAAACUGUUAUUCUGACGCGCUGCGAAGGAAUGUGUCCAUCAUCAGCAAAGACGAAUAUUGCCAAGAAGACAGUAGACACGGUGUGUGGAUGCUGCGCACCACGAACAAUCACCAUGAAGACGGUGGAGCUGUCUUGCCUGGAUUCAGAUAAACCACUGAUUAUGGAAAUCCCCUUUUUCGAUGACUGCAUAUGCAACUAUGAUGGAUGCACACACACUAGCCAGAUCUAACAAUACAAGCUGUAGAGGAAUUUGUCAAAACACACAAUCAGCUAUGUCUGGAACUCCAACCUGCUUGUGUAUAUGAAUGUGUACAUACUUUGGCAAGGAUAAUCAGGGUACGCUCUCCAGAAGACUGGUACUGGUAACUGGUUGCGUUAACUUAUUCAUAGUUUGGGAGACUGAGAAGAUGAAGAAAGUACUGCCUUUUUCAGAAGGUUUUCACCAGUCAUGUUUAUCUGUGUGUUAUAACAUAGUUAUUAGUUUUAAUAAAGAUAUU